AUGGUGCCACCGAAUGAUGUGGGUGACUACGAUCCAGCAUCGGUCACAGCCGCACCAGCUCCUGGUACAACGCUUCCAGCGGCUGCGGAUCAGGUCCCCAUCAGGCCUUCGCCCCAGCGCGCCGCCAAGCAGAAGCCGCGGACGGCAGGAGGCUUCCUAGUGGGAGACUCUGAUUCUGAAGAUGAUGAAGAGGCACAUGAGGCGCCGGUUCUUGCAUCGGGUGGUUAUGCUCCAGCUGCUGCAUUGCAGUCUUCUGUCCCACAUGCCCCUCUCCAACAGAAUCACAUCACUGCCAAACAAGCUUCAACCGCCCCUUCCAUUGCAGACCCUACUCCCCAGGUGAACGCCGAUGUUCCUGCUGGCCAGCCGGAAAAUGGCGACGCUGUUACAACUCCAGUUACGGUUAGCCCAGUCGCUGUUGACAGGAUCACUCAGCUAGAGAGCCGGGUCAGCGAAGAUUCUCGUGGCGCCAUGGAUGCGUGGCUGGCGCUGAUCGCCGAAUAUCGGUCCAAGAAUGACAUCGAGCAGUCAAGACGGAUCUACGAUCGCUUUCUGACUGUCUUUCCCCAGGCUGCCGACGUAUGGGCCGAGUAUCUUUCAAUGGAGCUUGACAUGAAUAAUUUCCCCGAGGCCGAACUCAUCUUCAACAAAUCCCUGAUGACAACGCUGAAUGUGAACCUAUGGACCAAAUACCUGGACUACAUCCGUCGGAGGAAUGACCUCAACGACAGCAGUGGCAAUGCCCGCCAGACUGUCUCACGCGCCUAUGAAUUCGUUAUCGACAACAUCGGCCUGGACAAGGAUGCGGGCAGGAUCUGGGCCGAGUACAUUCAGUUCAUCAAGUUCGGGCCUGGCACAGUCGGCGGGAGUCAAUGGCAAGAUCAGCAGAAGAUGGAUCAGUUGCGCAAGGCGUAUCAGCGAGCCAUCUGUGUGCCGAUUGGCAACGUCAACACCCUGUGGAAGGAAUACGACCAAUUCGAGAUGGGUCUCAACAAGUUGACUGGCCGGAAGUAUUUGGCUGAGAAGUCACCUUCGUACAUGUCAGCUAAGAGUGCGAACACGGCCCUCGAUAACAUCACCAGAGGUCUUCAGAGAACGACGCUCCCCCGUCUCCCGCCCGCUCCCGGUUUUGACGGCGACCAGGAGUACAUGGAGCAAGUUGAGAUCUGGAAGAAGUGGAUCGCUUGGGAAAAGUCGGACCCUUUGGAUCUCAAAGACGACAAAGACCAGCCUGGUCUCUACCAAAAGCGCAUUCUUUUUGUUUACCACCAGGCCCUCAUGGCCCUCCGGUUCUGGCCCGAGAUGUGGGUUGAUGCUGCCCAGUGGUGCUUCGACAACAACAUCACAUCCAAGGAUGGCACCUCAACCGGCCUCGACUUCCUCACCAAAGGUAUCGAGGCAAACCCCGAGAGCGUCUUGCUUGCCUUGAAGCAUGGUGAUUAUAUCGAAUCUACUUACCCCAUCGAGGAGAACGACGACGCGAAGAUCGCCCGCGGAAAAGCCGUGCGCUCUCCCUAUAACAGCGUCUUGGACACGCUUUACGGCAUCGUCAAGAACCUCAAGGAUCGUGAGACUGCCGAAAUUGCCCGUAUCGAAGAGGCUGCCAAGGCUUCGGGUGAAAGUUCCAGCAACAAGGCAGGUUACGACGACGACGAUGAGGAUGAUGUUGAAUCCUCAGACAAGGGUGCAAGAGACAGCAGGACCAACGACCAACUCCGGGCCAUCAGGCAGGGGUUCGCGGCACAGACCCAGUUGCUGUCACGAACCAUCUCAUUCGUUUGGAUUGCGUUGAUCCGCGCGAUGCGCCGUAUUCAGGGCAAAGGCAAGCCGAACACAGAGCUCGGCGGUAUGCGGCAGGCGUUUCAGGAUGCGCGCCAUCGUGGGCGCCUCACGAGCGACGUCUAUGCGGCUGUCGCGCAGCUAGAGUGGACGAUCUACAAGGACCCGGCAGGAGGCAAGAUCUUUGACCGUGGUGCUAAACUGUUCCCCGAGGAUGAGGGUUUUACGCUUGAGAACAUCAAGUACCUCCAUUCUCGUGAUGACUUCACUAAUGCCCGUGUCCUCUUCGAGACGGUCGUCAACCGUCUGACACAGAAGCCUGAGCUUGUGCACAAAGCCAAGCCUCUCUAUUCAUACUUCCACAAGUACGAGUCACAGUUUGGUGAGCUUGCCCAGAUUGCCAAGCUGGAGAAGCGGAUGGCCGAGCUCUUCCCUGAGGACCCAAAGCUUGCUCACUUUACUGCGCGGUAUUCGACCGAUAAAUUCGACCCCAUCACUGCUCGGAUCAUUGUAUCGCCUGUCACACAGCUCAGACCUAAACUCUUGAUGCCGUCGAUCGAGCAGGGUACCUCCCUCCAAAAUUCACCUCGGCCACCACCAUUUGCAACCCGUGCUAGUCCCGCGCCUCAGUUCUUGCCUGCAACAAACUCCCCCAAACGGCCAUUGCCCGCUGAUGACUUUGAUGAGCCACCGCGCAAGAUCCAGCGCAAUGAUUUUGGCGAGUUCCAGCGCGGUGCUUCGCCACUUAAGGGUGCCGCCGGCCGCCGCUUGGAUCAGCAGCGCCGGAUGCAGGGUCAGGGCGUGACCUCGUACACCACUACCCCGGCUCCCAUUGCUCGGGAUAUCACAUUCCUCAUGGGCCAGAUCCCCCGGGCGGAUUUUUAUGAUUUCCAGCGUUUCGACCCGACCAAGGUGACCAACCUACUGCGCGAGACUACGGAGCCUGCGGCCGCAUGCCGCCUGCUUCCGCUGCCCCGUACAGACAAAGUUCUAUGCGGCCGGGUUCCAGCGAUUCAUACGAGCCCCCUCCGGCGGUCUACGCCCAAGGCCCGCCCCCGCCUCAAACGGGAUACGCCCAACCGCCGCCAAUGCAGUACGAUGGUGGUGCCGCCGGCGCCUGGCCGCCUUAUCCGCCGCUUCCCACUGUGCAACAAGGCUAUGGUGGUCCUCCGCCGCCGCACUUGUAUGCCCAAGCGCAACCACCGCCCCAGGGAGGUUAUUCCCGAUAUCCGCCGCCCCCUUACUAGGCGGCUCUCGUCUUGA